UCAACGCAAUAAUUGCUAUGUUGGAUAUUUGGAUUUUGAGGAUGAAAAAGAAGAAUUAUCGUCAUUUAUUAUACAAUGUGAAAAAGAACUGCAAACAGAAAAUAAUAGCAGCAACUUAUCUGAUUCAAAGGAUCAUAAUCGAAACUUAGCAACUCAG